AUGCCACCCACCAUCCACCACUUACCUGAUAUGCCUCCUCCGGGCAUGGAAGGCCCAUCUUUUGAAAGCACCCACGAGGAGGUUAUCAAAGAGGAGUUCAAAGAGAAAAACUACGAGAGAGUCAAGGAAGAAGUCAACACGGAGAUCAACGAGGAGAACCAUGAGCAGGCCAAGUGUGAAAUCAUAGAGGAAACUAGAGAGGAAACUAUAGAGGAGAUUGGUGAGAAUUUCAAGGCGGUGAUCACGGGCGAAAGCAAAGAGGAGUCUAGAGAUGAAUUUAAAGAGGUCAUGAAACGGGAGACUGUUGAAGUUGUCGAUAAAGUAUCAGCUGACACUCCCAUACCUACCCCUCCUAUUUCAUAUUUGACGCCUCUUCGACUUGAUAAAACCUGGGAGGAUCCAGAAAACAUUUGCGAUGACAUUAAUAGCUUCCUCAGGGAGCACGUUCAUGGCAUCACCAAAUUAGUUACUCCUCCAUCCCAAACCCCCCGAAGAAGGCUCUAUAAAUGCGACCUUCUACAACCACGAUCACAUGCUCGAAUAAAUCUACCCAGACAAGCAUUUUAUCAAUAUUCUCAAGGAUGCCCAUUUCGAAUCAAUGCCGAAUUCUUGAAUGGCUCCUGGGGGAUUAUUGUUCUUAACGCAACAUAUAACCAUGGACCUUCGACACCGGCAUCCCACUCGGCUCAGCUUAUCCUUGAGCGCAAGAAGAAGAGAAAAGCUGUCCAUGAAAUGAUGGACCUAAAUUUUUCUACGGUUGAGAUCGUCCGUCGAGUCAUAGCCCAUGAUCUAGGGGCCAUUUUCGACCGACGGGAUGUUGACCUCAUACGGGUGUCACGCAAAGCCCGUCUUAGCCGAGCCUCGAGAAAGGUCUUGUUGGUAGAUGGCCCGAUGAAUGACACAGGCGAUGAUCUUCCGAAGUACUAUGAGACUCCAGAAAAAGAGUCGGAUGACGAAAUGAGUUACAAGAUGCCAAAGAAGGAAAUUGACGACGAUGAGCUUGGCAAAAACCCAAAGAAAGAAUCGGAUGACAGAAAUGACUACAAGAUGCCAAAGCAAGAGGCGAUUGAUGAGCUUUACAAGAUUCCCAAGCACACGGAGAGUGAACUGGAUGUGGUCUCAAACGAGUCCGAGCUAUGGCGACGAACGCAAAUUUUCCCAGUAUGA